AGGAUCACAUGUACAUAAAGGUAAACAGAUUUCUUCUGUCACACCAGUAUUUGGACCUGAGGAAGGUACCAGGUUUUUUCCAGUUUUUCAACAGUUUUGAUUUUGAGUACAAAACAGAGCGUGAGUGGAUCCUCAGAUUUCUUGGGGAAGGGCUGCGUGACAAACAUUGCUAUGAGCUUUAUGACUACCAGAGGAUUUUCCGGGUCAUUCUUUCCUUUUCCAACAGUCCUGUGUGUGACGAGGGCUCCCAGAGACGUAUUCUGGAGAUAUUACAAAGUGCUGCCCGUGUCACCAGAGCUGCCUAUGAGCUGGUACAGGAUCACAGCCUCCUCACAUGGGUCCUGCACAGCUUGGAGAAAAGGUUUCUGGAGAGCAAGGUGAUAAAUAAAAUUACUUCCUUAGUCCAUACUCUGUGGUUAACAAAUACAGGAGUCAAGAGAGAAAACAAGAAUCAAUCCCAGGAGAACAGGAAGCUUCUUCCUAUUCAGCUUGUAAAUGAAUUUCUGUGUGUUUUGGUCACAUUAAUCAAACAUAUUCGGACUAACGUAGAUGUGGCCAAGCUGACUGAGUUGUUUGGCACCCUCAGCUCUCUGCUGGAAUACCGUGCUGUUGUUGUGGAGGCUUUUAGGGAGAUGAGGCGUUUCACGGUCAACGGCAGCGUCCUCUCCAGCAGGGAGCUGCUGCUGCUGCUGCACAAGUGGAGCCUUGUCAGCAAAGACCUGCAGCUGCAGGAGGACCUGCAGGCCCUGGCUCAGAAGUACCAAAACAAAGAAUUGCUCAAAAAUAUUAAAGACACGAACAAACCUCAAGGCUCAUCUUAUGUGUGUCGUCACACUCGGAAAAGGACCGAGGUGGAAGAUGAUGACCCUGCUGCAGACGUGCAAGUGUCUGAGCUGGAGAAAU